AUGGGCUCCCGCUACAUCAGCCACGAGUGGAGAAGCUUUCGCUUACCGUUAGCGACGCCUGCAAACCAGCAAAGAAAGUUCCGCUGCAAAACCACCCAGCCUCGGAUCACGGCCUUAAUCGAAUCUCCAGACCUGCUGCUCUUCCUCCUCCUGCCGCCCUCCUCCGCCCGCCCGUCCACCCUGGUCCUGGUCCCUGACGGCGAGCCAGCUGCCCCGUGUCCCCUGGCGCGGACACAGGAGUCGCAUUUCCACACGCUCUGCCCCCUCGGGCUGGCUGACACGGCCUUCGGGGAGCGCGGGAGCCUGGCAGGGCUUUCUCAGUACAGUUCCAUGAAAGACUAUCUCUCUGAGCUGGACAAAGAGACAAAAAAAGCUUUGGAGACUUUCUACGGAUUUUCAGAGGGCAAGUCCAAGGUGCGCCGGUCGGUGGAGGAGUGGAACAGCACAGGGAGCGACCUCUUCAAACAGAUCCCUCUGCUGAAGUUCGAGGACUUCUCCAAGACAGCGACCGACCUUCGCAGCGGCCAGAAGAGGAGAGUCGAGGGCAGUGUCUUUCACAAGGACUCGUCCAUAGUGAACUCUGGGGAUUCAAAUGAUAUCAUCGGCUUUCAGCUGUGCGAUGCAAACAACAGCAGUGAGUGUGCACUUUAUACAUUCAGUUCUGGUGUUAAUGCUAUCCAAGAAUGGUACAAGCUGCAUUACAUGAACAUCAUGGCACAAAUUCCCCUGGAGACUAAAGAAAAAUUGAGUUAUUCUGCUGAUGACCUUCUACUGACAUGUUUCUUUGAUGGCCUAUCUUGUGACAAAAGGCACUUCACUCGUUUCCACCAUCCCCUGCAUGGCAAUUGCUAUACCUUCAACAGCGGGGAGAACGGGACGGUCCUGAGCACCUCCACCGCCGGCAGCGAGUACGGACUGCAGGUUGUGCUGUUCAUAGACGAAGCAGACUACAACCCCUUCCUGGUGACAUCCACGGGAGCCAAGAUCAUUGUCCACGACCAGAACGAAUAUCCCUUCAUUGAAGACAUCGGCACAGAAAUUGAGACUGCAGCGGUCACCUCCAUAGGGAUGCACUUUACUCGGUCGCGCAAGCUGAGCAAACCCUACAGUGACUGCACGGAGACUGGCGCUGACAUCCCAGUAGAAAACCUCUACAACAAGAGCUACUCACUCCAGAUCUGCCUGCACUCCUGCUUUCAGAAGGCCAUGGUGGACUCGUGUGGCUGCGCCCAGUACGCGCAGCCCUUACCUGCUGGGGCAGAAUACUGCAACUACAAGAAAAACCCCAACUGGAUGUACUGCUACUACAGACUGCACGAGAAGUUCGUGAAGGAGCAGCUGGGCUGCCAGCAAAUCUGCAAAGACGCCUGCAGCUUCAAGGAGUGGGCGCUCACCACCAGCAUCGCCCAGUGGCCGUCCGCCGUGUCCGAGGACUGGAUGCUCCGUGUCCUCUCUUGGGACAAAGGGCAAAAAAUCAACAAGAAGCUGAACAAGACGGACCUCGCAAACCUCAUGGUGUUUUACAAAGACCUGAACGAGAGAUUCAUUUCAGAGAAUCCUGCCAACACCCUCGUCAUUCUGCUUUCCAACUUCGGAGGCCAGCUGGGCCUUUGGAUGAGCUGCUCAGUCGUUUGCGUCAUUGAGAUCGUCGAGGUCUUCUUCAUCGACUCGCUCUCCAUCGUCAUGCGGCGCCAGUGGCAGAAGGCGAAGAGGUGGUGGAACCACCGACAGCAGGAGCGGUUGGGGAAGCCCCCCCAGCUUGACCAGUGGGGAAAAACCCCGGGCCUUCAGGAACGCAGCAUGACGUCUGGGGGAAGGGGCAUGACAGAGGUUUGGGAGGAGCACAAAAUGGAUAAAAGGAAAGCUCUGGAGCUGAACUGUCAUUAG